AUGGACACCAAGGAGAUCAAAUCCGCCAUCUCUAAUCUUGAGAAGUCAUCAGAUGACGUGACAGUGUUGAAAUUAUUGAAUAUUUUGAAUGAUGGGGUAAAACCUUCUGAAAAGCUCUUGAGAGAGACUAAAGUUGGUGUCGCCGUUAAUAAAUUUAGAUCACAUAGUAAUUCUGAAAUAACGUCUCUUGUAAAGAAAAUGAUUAAGAACUGGAGAGAGUCAGUUCAAAAUGAAAAGAAUAGCAAGAAGAAACCAACUCCAACCACCGAUGCAACCGUUAAAAGCUCAUCUAUUCCUUCUACCACCGAUAAACCUAAUAAUGCUGCUGGUUCAACUGAAAGUAAAUUUCAUAAAGGUCCAAGAGAUCCAAAGACUGAUGGUGUUAAAACUUCCUUAUAUGAAAAUCCUACUAGAAAUGCAUCUGUUAGUGCCUUAUAUACUGCAUUGGCUAUUGAACGUGAUGAUUCAUCUUCUCAUAUAUUAACAGUUGCAACUGAAAUAGAGAGUGAAGUAUUUAAGAGUCAAUAUCUGCAAGUUAAUGAUACUUAUAGAAACAAAUUAAGAUCAUUUACAAUGAAUCUUAGAAAUAAGAAGAAUCCAGAAUUAAGAGAUAGAUUAUUAACUAGAGCUAUUUUGCCAAAUCAUUUUAUUAAAAUGAGUCCAAAUGAAAUGGCCCCUGAAGGUUUAAAGAAAGAAAUUGAAAAAAUGCAUAAACAAAAUUUAUUUGAUGCUCAAGGUGCUACAGAAAAGAGAGCUGUUACUGAUAGAUUUACAUGUGGGAAAUGUAAACAUAAGAAAGUUAGUUAUUAUCAAAUGCAAACUAGAUCAGCAGAUGAACCUUUAACUACUUUCUGUACUUGUGAAAAUUGUGGUAAUAGAUGGAAAUUCUCUUGA